AUGCACGGACUCAGCGAGCCCACCGCAUUCCGCUUUUCGUCUGCAAUCUGUGAUUCACGGGCACAGCUCUGGGACACAAAGCAUGACCGAGCCAAGAGAUCAGCAAGGAAGCUUAAACUUGGAAGUCUGGCCCACCUUGUCGCGGCAAAGCUCGAUCGGCCUGCCACUGCAGUUGGACAACGUGAACGUGAAGAGGUGUGGAGGCUUGGUGACGAGUAUCUUGCACCCUUUCGAGGACUGCCGGCAGGUCCCACACUUGCCCAGCGAGAGAAGACAUUCAGCCCUCACAGCAAGCAGGUGCGCGAUGUUCUUCUGACAUCCUGGCAAGAAGCCUUUCAGAAGCCUUCGGAGCCGGCACAGCGCAAAGCUCCAGCUGUGAGACGUGUCCUCGGUGUGUCUGGUAUGAUACCGCCUUUGUUGCUCAGGACAGAAGCUGCAUCUGGUGAUGAGUGGCCUAGCUUCCCUCCCGGCAUCAAAGAGCAGCUCGACAAAAUCAUGGACGAAGCGGGUAGGACAGACUCCCCGAUCCAGGAGGAAGAUGCUUACAAAGCUCAACAGAUCUCAGUAAGCGUGCCACAAACUGCCAGCAUCCCUACACCUACGCUGCCGCGGCGUCCAGUGGUCCCAAUGAGACGCCCGUUUCCACGGAAGAUCAGCCUUGAGGAGCCCCAGCCCGUUCCAGAGUCAUUGGUCUUAGGCUUUCCAUCGCAGGACCGUGCAGAAGAAUUCAUGAGAGUUUGCUUGCACGGCGACCCUGUUGCAGAAGAACCAGCUCCAUUGCCUGACACCAUUCUUCAGAGUGGCGGGCCCAUGAUGUUGCCCGUGCCAGUACCAAAGCAGGUUCGGACCAGCUUCUCUUCUGCCCUGUCUGCUGUGAGCUCGCACGACGAUGAGGCGAGCGAACCCCCAGCAGAGGCAGCUGGGCUGGAUGACUCCGCUGAAUCAUCAUCGGGACAAACGGAUGGUCAGGAAGUUCAAGAUGAAGGAAGUUCCACUCAUACGUCAGAAGGGCUGCUUGAGACCCCAGGUGUCCAGAGCAACAUGGAUGAGGCAUUCCGGGAGAUUCAGAAGCGCGAGGAGAAGCAUCCAUCCAUCCGUGCCCCAGCAGAGCAGUUGCAAUAUAGCCAGAUUAGGCAGCAGCAGCACUGGCUUGAUCUGCUGGAGCGCAGAGUGUUGCAGCAAACAGCCAUCAGCGAAGUUGGUGCCGAAUCCUUUACUUUCUGCAGAUCGGCGAGCAGCAAGCCGGCAGGAGCCCGCCCAGUCCGGACAUCGUGGGGAGGGCAAGCCAAGGCAGGUGGUCCCAAAUCGGCACGGUGGCGUGCUUGA